CUGAGUUUCUGGUCAAAGCUCUCUGUUUACAGGAUUUCGGUGGAACGAAGUUUUAUGAUACAGAUUUGUACCGUAAAAUUAGCUUUUCCAAAGUAUUACAGUGGCAGUUUUAAUUUCAACUUACAACGAUACCCGACCAACAACAUAAAUUAGAGAAAAAUAUAAAUUAAUCAAGCAUAUGUUUAGUCACUCAGGAGAGAGACCUCAUGUACCUGAGGUAUAUAACAAUUCCUUUGGAUUCGGAAAUGCUUUAAACCAACAGUUGCUUAUUAACACACAAGAAAAACCUUAUGUGUGCAAGGUAUGUUACCGCUCCUUUAGAUCAAAAUGUAAUUUAUACCCGCAUAUGCUUAUUCAUACCGGUGAGAAACCUCAUGUCUGUGCCGUAUGUAACAAAUCAUUUAGAGGGAAAAGUGUUUUAAAUAAUCAUAUGCUUAUUCACACAGGACAGAAGCCGCUUGCGUGUGAAGUAUGUAACAAAUCAUUUAGAUUCAGAAGUGGUUUAAAUAAACAUCUUCUUAUUCACACAGGAGAGAAACCUCAUACGUGUGAGGUAUGUAACAAGUUAUUUAGAGGAAAAGAUGCUUUAAACAAACAUAUGCUUAUUCACACAGGAGAGAAACCUUUUACGUGUGAAGUAUGUAGUAAGUCAUUUAGAGAAAAGAGUACUUUAAAUAGACAUAUGCUUAUUCACACAGGAGAUAAACCUUAUGCGUGUGAAGUUUGUAACUACUCAUUUAGAUCAACAGAUAAUUUAUACAGGCAUAUGCUUAUUCACACAGGAGAGAAACCUCAUAUGUGUGAGGUAUGCAAGAAGUUUUUUAGACAGAAAAGUGCUUUAAACAAACAUAUGCUUUUUCAUGCAGGAGAGAAACCUCAUGCAUGUGAGGUAUGUAACAAGUCAUUUAGAGAAAAAUAUGUUUUAGACAAACAUAUGCUUAUUCACACAGCAAAGAAACCUCAUGCAUGUGAGGUAUGUAACAAGUCAUUUACAGAAAAAUAUCUCUUAAACAAACAUAUGCUUAUUCACAAUGAAGAGAAACAUCAUGCUUGUGAAGUAUGUGAAAAGUCAUUUAGAGAAGAGAAGGCUUUGAAUAAACAUAUGCUUAUUCACACAAGAGAGAAACAUUAAAUAUGUGAGUUAUGUUACAACUUGGUUGUACAAAGAUUUUCUUCUUUUUCUUUUUUUAAAGUUUUUGAUCUUUGAAAAAAAGUGCAUGCUAAAAUAUUUUAAAAUGCCUAGCCAAAAUUGCAAUCGGAAAUUCUGUGGAACUAUGUAAACAAAACAAGUAUGUAAGGAAAUAUCUCUUAUUCAGGGAAAAUAUACUACUAUAUAUAUAACUAAGCUCUAACAAAAAUCAACAUGGCUUGUUAAUAGAAAAGAUUAAAAAAUUAUGAAUCUUCAAAACUGCCACAAAGAAUAUUAUGAAAAAAAAAAAAAAAAAAUCUAUCUCUAUGUGAAGAAUAAGAAAGUCAGUUCACACAAGUGCUGUCUUUUAUAUAUUUGAGGAAUCCCUAUUAUAAUUAAGUAUCACAUCAUUUGGGCUUAAAUUAUUCACAGAAAAGAGAACAUUCAAUAAGCAAGGUGAAUCACCAGGCAUUUCUAAGAAGACAGAUUCAAAGCAAUAUUUGCUUAUAUAGUAUGUAUAAGAAGUUUUUAUAAUAAAAGGCAUUUCUAAGAAGACAGAUUCAAAGCAAUAUUUGCUUAUAUAGUAUGUAUAAGAAGUUUUUAUAAUAAAAGGAGAACAUAAUGUAAUAUAUACUUUAAGUCGCAUGUUUUUAAACUGAUUCUAUUUUCUCAAAUGGGAUGCUAUUAUGGAUCGUGUAUUUAUUCCUUCCAUAUUAAAUUGUUUUAUUUUACUUUUAAUGCUGUUUUAUAAACAACAGGAAAUAAUGCAGUGCUGUUCAGUGUAAAUGGACUAAUUUCUGAUCAAAAGAGCAACAUAUGGGCAUAUAUUAUCCUGUAUCAAAAUUGUUUCGUGAUUAAAUUUGAUGGUCUGCGACAUAAUCAUUUAAGUGGUGUAAUCCUCAAGUAUUCUCUACCUUUAAAAUAGCUAAGUAUUUUGUUUGCCUUAUAUGUACUUUAAUGUUUCAAGUAUUUUAUGUUAAACUAUAACUUUCCAAGUUUAACUCCUAGACCAGUCAGCACUUGUAUGUAAGAAAAGUUUCAUUCAUAAAUCCUCUAGUUAAAAAUAAUUAGAUCUUUCAACAUACCAUCUUCCUAAUGCAAGCUUUAACACAUCUCUUUCUGCCAUUUUAUUGGCAGUGAAUCUACAUUUUGAGACUGUAAAACUCAAUUUUUUUUUUUUUUUUUUUUUUUUUUUUUUUUUUUUUUUUCUGACACAUUUUGUCAGUCAGAAAGUAUCUUUCUCUUACAAAUCUCUGAAGCAUUUGUAUAAUGGAGUCAUACAAAUGACGUACAUUAUUGUUUUAAAGACUUCGAAGAAACUAUAUUGAGGUAUUUCAAUGAAGACAGAAGUGUAGAAACAUCAUGAUACAGAGAAUGUAUAUGUUCAUUCUAAACAUAUUAAUGAAUCAAUAACUAUAUAUUAAUAAAUGAACAUAAUCGGGAAAUAUUGAUAAUGGGGAGAAUUGUAGAAAAGUAAAAUAAAGAUGUAAUGGAAUAUGUAUUUGAUGAUAGAAAGUAUGUAUAUGGAAUAUUUCACUAAAGUUGUAGUUCACAAAUUAUCUACUUAUGAUAUGUGCAAGGAAAAUAAGAAUUAAGAAAAAAAAAAAAAUUGCCUAAUUUAGACAGAAGAACCUGGAAAGAAAUUUAGAACCAUUUCUCAUGCAACAGUAUGGCAUCAUGAGUCAGGGAAAAUGAAGUAAUGAAUAAAAAAUGUGGUUUCAUGAAAACAUUUAUUUCUUGGGCUAAACUGUAUCAUAACAAAAGAUGUUUGCUGAGUCAUCUUUUGCCUUGCAAAUUAUGCUGCUGUGUAAUUUGUAUUUGACACUAAUAAAUGAAAAAUCAGAUCAGAAGUACUUAGGCCCCCCUCUCUCUUUUUUCAUGCAUAGGAUAACAUAAUUCCUGCAUGUAUGGUGUGAAAAACUCAAAACUGCCAACUUUUAUAAAUGGUUUCCUUUUUGUAUUUGUCUUUGUAAGAGAAAAUGUCAUUGCCUUAAUUUUGGUUGAAGAAAGUGUUUUUGUUUCCAA